AUGCCUAUCUCCUUCCAGAUUGUGGUGGUAUCAGCGUUGCUGCAGGUUGUGGCGGACGCGGGACCUCCAUUUGGUGAAAUGCAACCAUCUAUAGGAGGUGCAACAUUUCCCCCUCUUCUAGGAGGCAGUUCCCCAUGGUUCCCCGGUCCCAAUGUCAACCAGAUCUCAGCAGACACUCCGGCAGGGUGCACAGUGGACAUGGCUGCGUUCAUCAGCAGACAUGGCUCACGCUAUCCUGACCCCGGUGCAUACUCUGACUGGCAGGAGCUCUAUUGGAAGAUUCAGAACGUGACGACCCCGUUCGAGGCGGAUGAGCAACUGGCAUUCGUGAAGGAAUGGCAACCCGUGUUCACCCACCCGCAGCAACAGAUCUCUCAGAUCUCACCAGGAGGGUACAAGGAACUCUACGAUAUGGGCGUGGCUUACCGAUGGCGGUAUCCACAGCUGUACUCCGACGGCGAGGCAUUCGUGGCCUGGGCGAACCGGUACCAGGCGAAUCAGCCCCGUGUCAUCGAUUCCGCGAGACUGUUCACUAGAGGCUUUGUCGGGCCCAACGCGACCACCCUGGGCACCGUGUAUGUGCUGAACAACACGGAUCCGCGCAGCUUGGGCAACUCCCUGGCACCCUCUGACCUGUGCCCUGCCUACGAAGACGACAGUGGAGGCGCUUUCGCCACCACAUGGGCCAACAUCUAUCUUCCCCAGAUCGCCGAGCGCAUCAACAACCUCACAACGCCUCCAGGGGCCCUCAACUUCACCAAAGACGACGUGGCUGUGUUCGCGACUCUCUGCGGAUAUGAAACACAGAUCACGGGACGCACCAGCCCAUGGUGCUCUGUCCUGAGCGAAGAUGAGCUCGAGCAGUAUGAAUACGCCCAAGACAUCCGCUACUACUACGGAUCCGGGCCCGGCGCCUUGAAGAAUAACACCUUCAUGCUACCCUUUCUUGAGGCCGUGGUGGCACGCUUUCAGGACGGGCCGAGCAAGGUCUAUGUGUCGAGUGAUACUAGCAAUGGCAGUGCAACGAGUAGUACUUUCUCGCCGCCCCGGCUUAUUGCCGCCUUCACCAAUGAUGGACAGAUCAACCAGCUCGCCAGUCUGAUUGGUGUUUUCGACGACCAGGAGCCACUCCCAGCGACACACAUCCCGCCUCAGCGGAGAUACAUCGCGUCUCACUAUACGACGAUGAGAGGGACGAUCUCGUUCGAAAGACUCACGUGCUCGAACAACGGCCAAUAUAUCCAGAUCCUACUCAACGACGCCGUAUACCCCGUCGUGGGCUGCGACGCGGGUCCCGGCCGUUCGUGCCCAUUGUCGCAGUACGCGGGAAUCGUGGCAACUAAACAAGCCGCGGCCGGGUCGUUCGUCGAGACGUGUUUUGGCAAUGCGAGCAUCGCGGAGACCUCAGAACCAGUGAAGACCACGUUCUUGAUGGAUGUCGAGUUGCCGUUCGUGGAGGCUGUCGCGCCAUGA